GUCCCCCGCCAUGAUUGUUGUGUAGUUCAGGCUGGACCAGGACACCCACUCGUGUAGUAAGUUUUUUUACUGGACGACCAGCGGAGGAAGUUUGUUUUUAUACGUGUUUUUAGGAGGGAGAGAGCAAGAUACCUGAACAUGGAUUCUCAAUUUGCUCACCUGCGCCAGCGGGACACCAGUGUGUCGAUGCUGAGGGUGAAAAUGUCCCGCAGGAGGUCUCAGUCCCAAAAGGAAAACCGAGAACGGAUCGUGAAUACACGCAGGCAGCUGGCCAAGCUCCCGGAGAUGGAGAUGUCUUCCCUGGAGGCCUCCAUUGCGAUGGCCAACAUGUCCACCAUUGAGGAGAAGACAUUGAACAAUGCCAAAUCUGCCAAAAACCUGGCUGGAGAAGAGAGGUUGAAACAGCUUGCGCGUUGGAAAGAGCGUAAGGCUCUUGAGAAAGAGAAGGAAAUGAGAGAAAAGGAGCGUAAAGGGGUAUUCAAGACGGGCAUGUAUCAUCCAAAAGACACCCUUACCAUUCCCUCUCUGCCCGUGGUCCCAGCUUCCUCAACCAGAGCUAAGGAGACAAAAGGGAACACAGCUUCUUCCCAGAGUGCCAGAAUCACUCGAUCAAUGAAACAGCAUCAGCCAAUCGAGAGGCCUCUGAAGAUGCAGGAUACAAAUAAUGUGGCAAAAAAAGCUCAACCUGCUGUGGAGAGAUCAACCAGGAGCCGGGCCGCUCCUGUCAAGCUUGCACCUGUUCCAGCUAUUCCCAAGAUUAAAGUUUCUGCAGUGGAGCCUGUCGUUCGAGCGUCUAGGACUAGAACUGCCAACAGGCCUCCUGUUACAGCAGCUCCUGUAGUGAAAGACAAACCUAAGGAUGUAAGAGCCACAAGAAGCAGAGCGUUUGUCAACCAUGUGGCCCCCUUUUCUUACGGAGAAAAUAACUCUGAAGCAAUGCUCGACAACACUGUUGAGCCUGUUGGGGCCAAGGAGGCUGAGAUGCAGGAGCCAGAGAAAAAGCCUUGUCCCCCGUGCCCGUCACCGUGCCCUGAAGACAUGGUGGUAGACCAAGCUCCGACCGACUCUAUCCCUGCUGUGGAUCCCGUAGAAGCUACAUCCUCUGUAUCUUCUUUUGCUCCAAAAGGUUUUAUAUUCCAGGCUCCCACUGGCUUGUCGUCCUUCCAGUUUGAGCCUCUCACUCCUCGCUCAGCAGACGCCUUCCUUACACCAAGCCCCAGCUUCGGUAUUCCAGAGGUCCCCACUCUCAACAUUGAGUCUCAGGCUGAGCCCAGUGAACCCUAUCCACCAAAAUCCCCUCGUCGCUCUCCUCCCCGCACAUCUCCCACAAAGGCCCCUCCAACUCCAGGCAGCCCCCUGGAAUCAAAACAUGACGUACCAUACUUCAGAUCGGAAAUUGCCAAUGAGACGGUCAGACUGACGACUCUUAGUGUCCUCUGGGACGCUAAAGUGGAGGAUGAGUCCAUCCCAGAAGAGAUGAGAGACCGUAUGCGUACAGCAGUGGGCCAAGCGAGGCUGUUGAUGAAGGAGCGCUUUAAACAGUUCAACGGUCUGGUGGAUGACUGCGAGCUGGGCCGGGGGGAGAGGAUCACCACCUGCACUGACCUGCAGGGAUUCUGGGACAUGGUGUAUUACCAGGUAGAGGAUGUCCAAAAUAAGUUUGACGCUCUUAAAGAAGCAGAGAGCCGAGGCUGGGUGGAGGAGCACAAGCCACCACCACGACAGAAGAAAGUGGUGAAGAAACCAUCAGCUGCACCUGCCAAGCCAACAGGAACUAAAGGAGCAGCCAAGUCUCGCCUGGCUGCUGUGAAAGCGGCCAUGAAAGCCAAACAGCAGGCAGCCGAGGCAGAGAAAGCAGCAAAAGAUGCUGGCAGUGAUGGAGACAGCCACAGCCUGAACUCUGAGGAACCCCAGCCCCAAGCCGAGCCCCAUCCGACGGUGGUCUUUGACGGAGGCUUCUUCCAGGUGGAGAGCCCGGCCAGACCAUCGGUUUCUACAGGUUCAGUGAGGAGAUCCAGCCGUCUGAGUGCCGCUGUGCUGCCUCAGGCUUCCCCCUGCUCAAACUACCUCUCACCUAGAAGAGGCACACGGCGAUCCCUUGCACUGGCACAGACCCCCCUUCGCACCAUCCCCUCUCCCGCUCAGCCCAUCCACACUCCUGCCUACCUCCGACUUACCCUGGACCAAACCCCAGCACAAGCACCAAAGUCUCAACGUGGCACUCCUCAGUCAUGCCAGAAGAGAAAGGGCACUGUAAACGUCUCCCUUUGUUUCUCACCUGUCAAGGAAGUGCUUUCAGAGGACACCCAGCCUGAGGGACACCAGGAAAUGGUCACCACGCAGGAAAACACUGCUUCUCCUUCCGAAUUGAGCACGCCCGCAACCGUGCAUUCACUUCCAUCCAUUUACGUUGCAGAGGAGCAAGGCGAAACAGCUGAAGCUGUCGACGUUGACCUCCCGCUCUCUCCUUGCAAAACAACUCCAACUGUGUCCCAGGCCCCUGAGACCUCAUUAUCUCUGAGUUUCACGUUGUCACCCUGUGUGACUCCCCGCCAGCCUCUCAUCUCCUCCCCUCCUGCUGUGCAGGGUCUUCUGAAGCCCCAAGAGCCUGUGUGUAAUACACCAGACAACUCCUUUGUUGAGGAAAUUCCUGGGUUGGACUUUGAGCGUUACCUCCAGCCGUCACAGAGAUGCAGCCUGUCGCCAUUGGAGGCGAUGUCCCCCAUGGCGGUGGAUGUAGAGAUGGAGAGUCCUAGAGGUCAGAUAGAGGACCUGCUUACUCAGCAAGAACCAGCACAUCCAGCGGUGCGUUCAGCCUUAAAUCUUCAGUCACCACAGGCCCAGACAGUCGAGUCUGCCAUGCUUCUCUUCACCCCGGACCUGAAGGACCGGAUACGCCAGUCCGUCUGUCCAAGUGACCUCAUGGUCUUCACUCCUCCCCUCUGAUGUGUAGCCUAGAGAUACUGUUGUGCUUUUAUAUUUUGCAUAUAUUGACUCAUUUUGUUACUCUCAUUGGAAAAAAAUAUAAUCUGAGUGAUUCUGCCUUUUUUUUAUUUUUAGAUUACGGGAAUAUAGUUUUGUCAUAUAAUUAAAAUUUUA